AUGAGUGACUCUGAAACUGAAACUACAACAACAUCAACUGAACAACAAAUUAGACUUCCUCUGCUGCCAUUUGCUUCACCAUUGGUCUCAUCAGAAAAGGAUGUUAGCAAGAUCUUCAAAGUAAUUUCUAAAGCUGUUCAAUCAAAGGAAAAGAAUGUUUUACAUAGAGGAAUUAAGAACGUUAAUAGAGCCAUCAGAAAACAAACCAAGGGAUUCGUUGUUUUGGCUGGUGAUAGUUAUCCUAUGGAUAUUAUUGCUCACUUCCCAGAACUCAUCAAGAGUACCGAAGGUGUUGAAUAUGUUUUUGUUGAAUCUAAAGUUGAAUUAGGCAAGGCUACAUUGACAAAGAGACCAGCUUGUGCUAUCAUGGUUGCUGAACCACCAAAGGAAAGCAAGAUUUAUAAAUACUAUAAGAAGGCCUCCAAGGUUGUUUCAUCUUCUCAAGAAUAA